AUGAAGCAUUUCCGAAAGUCAGUAGAGCGGUCGGCCGAGACGUCGAGCUUGGCCUUGAUGGCGGGUGUGGUGUUCCCGCUUCGUUUUAAUGGGGUGUGGUUCGACGCAUCGGAAUUGAAACGGAGUAGGUGGAUGUCGCCAGCGAUGCAGGUGGAGCUCUGGACUUUGUUGGAGGGACUGGAGCUUUUGACGAGGUUGCCGGACGCCAGGUUGGCGGCAAAGCAAUGUCCGGGUGCGCCGUUGGUUGCGCACCGGACGUUGCUUCAGGAGUUCGCGGAUGUCUUGUACGGCAGCCCGAUCCAGCGUGCGAGUCUGUUGUUUUCUGUGGCACAGUUCCUGGGCCGCGCCGCAUUGUGUCCCGAGGUCGACGGCUCAGCCAAGAAGGCCAUCAACUCAUGGCGCGAGGUCUUCAACGCGCAGAUUAUGGAGGCCGCCGGUGAGUCCGGCCUCGUCUCCCGGCCAACCAAUGAGACGACAGCCAAUGGGUCGACAACCAACGAGUCGACAGCCAUUGAGUCCUUGACCACUCUCACCCGUAGCUACGCCGGCACCGAGGCUGUCAAGACCGGUCCUAACAUCGUCCUAUUCCCCGUUACGCGUCCCCCCAGCCGCACCGAGCGACUGGGCAAGUGGUUCGGUGGGCUUUGCGGCAAGCGUGAGACCAUUGUAGAGAACGAGCUCUACGGCACCGUGCCGCCGCAACCUGAACCCAUUUACGACAGCUUGGCCGUACCCGAACGCAAAUAUUUCACACUCGUGUUCGAACCCGCCAUGCAAGACGCCGCCGAGAAGACCGAACCGAUGACGGGCGAACAGUCAUUGACACCCACGGAGGAGGAACCCAUUCCCGCUGAGGUGGCGUUGGUUUCGUCAGAGCCCGAUGGCCAGACUAUCAAGGAGGGCUCCCAGCCUGGCACGAAAAAGGAACCCAUUUACGAAACCAUCGCCGAAGUCAAAGCGCGCUUGGCCGAGCUCGCGGAGAAGCAACAA